AUGAAGGACAAGACACCUAUUGUACGGCUCAAUGGCAAUGAUAGCGAUAGCGAGGAGGCACCUGAAGUUAUGACAAAGCAGAUUGCCACAGAGAUAGUGCAAGCGCAGCGUCGUCAGGAAAAAGAAGCGCGUGCACAAGCCAUGGCAACGAAAAGCAGGAAGAGAAAAAAUAAGCAGUUGACAGAAGUGCCGGAAUUACCAGAUGAAGUUUUGUCAGUUGUUGCUGCAAGGAAAAAAGAGGAGGAGGAAGCGGCAGAGAAGGAAGAAUCAAUGGCUCAAUUGCGUGCAAAGAAGAGACGUGCGCUGAACGAAGUUAAGUUGGCCAAGUUGAUGGAGAAGAAGACGCACACGAGACAAUUUGGUAACAUUCAAGUGCAGACGCUUGAGGCGUUGGAGAAGACGCAGACGAGAACAUUGCUGGCUAGUGCCAAGGAGUUUAUGGAGCUGCGAUUCGCACCUACCCGAGAGAGGAUGAAUGUCAUGGAGGGACACGCGUCCCAGUUUACGAAGAAACGUAAGGGAUGA